CUGCACUCAUUUUGUUGAGAGGGUUACACGUCUUUGGUUCGCGUUAGCAUCUUUAGCAUCAACGUCGCGUCAGGAAAGCGUUUCCUUUGAGCGAUAAUAUAAAGUUUUAUUUGAUUGGGGAAAAAACACCCAGUGGUAGAUUUUUAACGUCGCCCUUUUCCUCAUUUCACCUCAUUGCAGUGAAUGAACGUUUUCUCGAGGUUUUAGUCAAAAAGAGGAGCGCCAUAUCUGUGAACUUCUGUGGGGAAUCUCGUCCGUCUCUAAUGAGAGGAAAGACGGGCUCAACAUCCGUCUCCGUUCUUUGUGCUUCAUCCUUUCUCCUCACACGUCCUGGUUAGUUAGUUAGUUUGUUUGUUUGUUUGUUUUGUUUUGUUUUGUUUUUCCACAAGACGUACCGGGGAUAAUGUAAAAAAUCGGUUUGUUUUACUGAGGAGUGAUUUAAAAAAAAAAAAAAAAAAAUCUUUUUUGCGCAACUAAAACUAAAGGAUGGCGAGCUCUAUGAAGAAUGGGUUUCUUGUCCUGGUUGUUUUGGGGAUUUUGCUUUUCACCAUCAGUGGUGUGGCAGAGGGACAAGAAGAGGACCAGGAGAGGUCUUGUCAAGGUGCCUUCGACUUGUAUUUUGUCCUAGACAAAUCAGGAAGUGUCAAACACCACUGGCAUGAGAUCUACUCUUUUGUUGAAAGUUUGGCUGAGAAAUUUAUCAGCCCCUUGUUACGAAUGUCCUUCAUCGUGUUUUCAUCCAGAGGAAACACAAUAAUGAGACUGACAGAAAGCAGGGAACAAAUAACCAAAGGCCUGAAUGUCCUAAGAAGGGAAAUCCCAGGAGGAGAUACAUUCAUGCAUCUUGGCCUGCAAAAGGCAAAUGAACAAAUACAUCAGGAGAAUUUUGGCAAAGCAAGUGUGAUUAUUGCAUUAACUGAUGGAGAACUGAAUGAGCAACCACUUAUAGCAGCGCAACAGGAGGCUGCCAGAGCCAGAGCAUUGGGUGCCAUUGUGUAUUGUGUUGGAGUGAAAGAUUUCAAUGAGACGCAGCUCGCUACCAUAGCUGACACCAUUGAGCACGUGUUUCCUGUGACGGGAGGAUUCCAAGCUCUUAGAGGCGUGAUUGACUCGAUCAUCAGGAAGUCCUGUAUUGAGAUCUUGGCAGUUGAGCCAUCCAGUGUAUGUGCAGGAGAGUCGUUCCAAGUGGUGGUUCGAGGCAACGGCUUUUUGCAUGCCAGAAAGAUAGACCAGGUGUUGUGCAGCUUCAAGAUCAACGAUACCGUCACCUUAAAUGUGCGGCCUGCUGAUAUAGAAGACACAUUCAUGCUGUGUCCAGCACCAAGUAUAAAUGAGGUCGGAAAGGUGGUAUAUCUGCAAGUAAGCAUGAAUGAAGGUCUGUCGUUCAUCACCAGCUCAGUACACAUCACCACAACUGAGUGUUUUGAUGGUACUAUUCUUCUAAUUACCCUGCUGGUCCUGUUCCUGUUGUUGGCGCUGUUGUUCAUGUGGUGGUUCUGGCCCCUGUGCUGCACAGUAGUUAUCAGAGAGCCCCCUCCACCUCCACCCCCACAGCCAGAGUCAGACGAUGAGGAUGGUAUGCCGAAGAAAAAAUGGCCAACUGUAGAUGCUUCAUACUAUGGGGGACGGGGAGUUGGAGGAAUAAAACGAAUGGAGGUCCGCUGGGGUGGGAAGGGAUCCACUGAAGAGGGUGCCAAGCUGGAAAAACCCAAAAAUGCAGUUGUGAAAAUGCCUGAGCAGGAGUUUGAACCCUUUGAACCCAAGCCUAAAAAACAUGGAAACAAGAAGCCUCCCCAGAAUAGGAAGUGGUACUCCCCAAUUAGGGGUAAACUGGAUGCAAUUUGGGCCCUGUUUCGCCGUGGUUAUGACCAAGUUUCACUUAUGAGACCACAGCCGGGAGAUCACGGCCGAUGCAUCAACUUCACCAGGGUGAAAGAGGAGGCAGCAAAGGCCCCACCCAGUGCCCAAAGCCCACCCCCACCUCCUCCUGACUACUGCCAGGCUCCACCCCCUGUAAGUCCACUUCCUCAGUGUCCACCCCCCAGAGGACCCAACGUGGCCCCGGGUCCACCCCCUGCCCGAGCUCCACCCACUGCCCCAUGUCCGCCUCCUGCUCGACCCCCUCCCAAACCAUGAGACCCAACAUUAAGAGCAUCAGUUUGAUUUUCCAGCUAAAAUAUGCUCCUCUCAUCAAAGAAUAAUACACACAAUAUUUAUCAGCGUCAGAUAGCCUAUAGUAUGUGCUUUGUUGCUGGACAGCAAAAAAAAAAAAUAUUGUAACAAUAUCAACGAAUGCAAUAAAGAAAAGAUGCUAAUAUCAACUACUGAAUAUACCACAAGUGGCAGAGACAGUUAAGGGUACAUAUUUUUUUAGCCUUUUAGAAAAGGUAAAAAAAAAAAACAUAAUCCCCUCAUUUUCAUCGCAUUUAAACUCACCUAGAGCUCAAAAUAACAAAACAAUACAAUCAAAUCAGGUUCUCAAUCAGGUGUCAACCAUGAGACAAUUUUUGAUCACACCUUCUCUUUUUGUCCAGCGGUUGUAAAUGAAAAGAUGGGAUUUGAUGAAGCAUGAAAAUAGCACAUUUUUGGGCAUUUUGCCAUCAUAUUAUUGGUCCCAUCGUGCACUUAGAAAUGAAUUUUAAAUCAUUCAUUUACUGCAUACUUUCUCAGGUUAGCCUCUUGUUGUGUUGAUCAAAAGAAGAACGUGUAUUGCAAGUUAUGAUCAUGCAAGAAUAAAUGCAAGUUGCACAGGUGUGUCUUGAUAUCACGUUUUAUCAAAAGGUUUGUCAGGCUGAUGCUUUUGGUAAGUUGCAAAAUCUAGGUAGCAGCUGUACAAGUUUGUUGCCUGCAAAUGAGGAAUUGCUGAGUAACUGUAAGUUUAGAAACGGAGUCUAUUAAGUGGUCCAGUUAUAGCUUUGUUGCAUAGGGUGUGUGUUCUUUGCUUUUUCAUUUGAUUGUAAAUCCUCAUAAUGUAUGCAGCCAGGGUAAUAUUUCUCAUCAUAUUUGUAUGUAUCAUAUUCCCACAACUGUACUGUAUUUUCAAAUGCAUCCUUUGUGUCAUUUUGUAACACCAUUGAACACAUCAUGACUGCAGGGCAGUUGACAAUAUCUAAUUUAUUAUUACCCCCCCAAGCAAGAGUGAGGUACUUGAAUACGACAAGGUGUCCGCUAUUAAAAAAAAACAGGACACUGUGCAUGUAAUGAUCCAGAGAAAUCCCUUUCUACGCUCUUCUUCCACUUUUUUUUCUUCUUCUUGUUAUUUCAAUCUGUUAUAUAACUUUGUUUUUGUAGUUCCCCCAGAUGUGAUUAAUUUAAUCUGUUAAAAUGCCUGUGUUUUGAAAAAGCACUUUUACAUGUAAAUUUGUGUUUGACAAUAAUUAACUAAAUAAGCAAUGUGUUUUUAAUGAGGCAAUUAGGAACAUUUCUCUUGUUUAAUACAAACCACAUUUGCAUUUUAUCGGCCUUCUGUUUGACAGUUAUUUGAAAGAGUGAGAUGUAAUAUGUCCUACAGAAAUAAUACGUCAUCGUAAUAUUGUCUUUCUACUUCAUAUUGCCUAUUAACAGCGAUAUUGAUGCAUCUAGUGAAAGGCGCAUAAACUGUUUUCUUUUUAUACACUAUCAAUAAAGGUCAUUUUCCAAGCUUUUA